AUGCGAUUAACACAUUCAUUAUGGAAACAACAUUUGGGAAGAAUGGCAAAGAAAAAUUGGAAAGCUCAUGGAAAAAAAGUAUUACAAGAAUCAGAUGAAUUGAAAAAUCUUGAACAUUUGGGGUUACCAGUGAUAGAUAUAAAUGAAGUGGUGAAGGACAUGAAAAUUGUGGAAAGAGUGAAGGAGGAGGAACCAAAAGAUUUAAAACAUUGGGUAGAACCACCUCCAGUGAUGAAUAAUCUCCAUCCUCUCUAUAAAGCUAGGCAAUGUUAUAUGCACAAAAAUAAUACUGUGUUGAUUGGAGGAUUGGAUCAAGCUAAAAUCAUUGCAAAAGCUGUAGAAGUAAAAGAUGGUUUGCCUAAAAUGUUGGAAGAAAAAAUUGAACAAUUAAAUGUAGCAGAUAUGCAUGAAUUAGUUAAGAGAUCUAUUCUUGCAUCACAUGUAUUUGAUGCCCAGCAGGUAAAAUUACCCAAGCUUCAUGAUCCUUCAAGACCUGCAUGGCAAUUUCCUAGAGUUUAUGGAAUAUCAGAUCAACGGCGAAACUAUCUUUUGUGUGAAAAACUUGUUCAACUGUGUAAUUCAUGGUCCCAGAAAAGUUCAGCAUUAUUUGCAGUGAAUAAUGGAAGGUGUCUUGUGCCUAUUGAGAAAGAGGGAGACUUGAUUCAGUUUGAUUUAACAUUAAAUAUGGCUUUAUUGUCUUCUGUACCUCAUGAGAAAUUCUCUUCCCAAGAAGAAGAAGAAAAUAUAUAUAAAAUUGAUCUUCCUGAUAUCUAUCCGCUGAAGCAUACAGUUUCAUGUGAAAAAACACAUUUUUAUGAGUCUAAGGAUAUAUUUCCUGUCAAUAAAUUCAGUAAAUUUAGUCAUUUACAUACCAUAAUAAUUCAUCAUAAUGAAACCCAAAUUAAGAAUUUGCAUGAAACUAAGGUGCUUGAAGGUCAGCUGGUAGGUAGAUGUCUCCUGCAUGGUUUUGCUGCUGCAGUGUCUCAAGCUCGACAGUUAUUUGGAGAAGUUGAGAAAGAGUUGCCUUUCCCUGUUAGUAUUCAAUGUAUUCAGACCGAUGGCCGACUCUUUGACUUUUCUAUUUUUCAGUUGAACACUUUAGAUUUGAAUGGCAGUGAAGGCAUGAAGAACAUGUUUUGGGUAUUGCCUCGUUUAGAAUUAUUCUCGUUGUGUGCUUAUGAUGAAGGUAGACCUACUUUACAAGGUUAUAAUCCUGAAGUAUUAAAAAAUUUUAUGGCGUUUUGUACACAUUGA